AUGCAUUCAUCUAAUCGCCCUCAACUUAUCUAUCCCCGUCUGAUUGAGGAAAGAAGUCUCGCCUUUCAGAAUGUCGAACGUGGAGGAUCCCCAGUCGAAGCCUUUCUCAACGCCUGGCCUCGCCUAGAACCUCAUUACAAGAGCAUGGUGGAAACUUUGAAAAUGGCUUUACAGCAUGAACUGAAAGUUCGAUGCACCAUUUCAGCACGCGUCAAAUCUUUGAGUUCGAUCACAAAGUCGAUUCAGCGGCGAGAGUAUCAUCGGGGACAGCGGUAUAGGGAAGUUGAAGAGAUAUUUGACGACCUGCAUGAUCUAGCUGGCUUUCGCAUUGUCGUUGAUUACCCAUCUGGCAUCGCAAUUGCGAAGGCCUUCAUCAUGAAAAACUUUCAGCUCAAAUCCACAACGUACUUCAAGGCAGAUCGAGAGGUAGACGAUGUUUGGAAACCUACUUUUGGUUCUUUCAAAAGCGAAAACCAUCACGUGUUCUUACAUCCUGAUGCCGGAGAUCCGCUGAGUUCGUUCUGUGGCAUUGUGUUCGAGAUACAAGUAUUGAGUCUGGCUGAGGGUUUAUACAACAGGCUAGCACAUCCUCUUCUCUACAAGAAGUCCUCGGGUCAAUUAUCAGUCAGAGAUCAGAAAAUCAUCGACGUCACACAUGGACUUUCUCUUUGUUAUUGGAUAUGCCUUUCAUGUAUGGAGGAUCGUCUCGAAGGCAAGAUGCUAGAGGAAAUACCAAGACCAAUCCAGGAAGUCGCUCGAUUGGAUGGAAACGAAAAUGCGGAUAUGCUGUCACUUGUGAAAGCUACGCCCUAUUCAAUGCCGGCAUUACGAGGAGAUAUUCCUCUCGAGAGGUGUCUGGAUUCUAUCAAGGAUCUGUCAACCCAAACCAUGUCUUCGGAUCAGCUUCAUGACCGACUGUCCCUUGCGUUGAACAAUCCAACUCAAACAUUCACAACCAACGUCAAUUCGGGAUCCGGUGGUAUCAUGCAGAACUAUGGUUCCGGCAGCAAUAACACGUAUAACGCAGGGGGUAAUAUAACAAUUGGUAAAGAGGAUAUUGACGACGAAAUCCGAGAUACAUUUUGGGUUGUAGAUCCUCAGUCUCACAAAGCAGACAUUGAAGAACGACAGGGUGGGCUGAUUAAACGUUCCUACCGUUGGAUUCUUCAGCACGGACACUUCAAACAGUGGUACAAGGAAGACUACCCACUGCUCUGGCUAAACGGCGACCCAGGCAAGGGCAAGACAAUGUGCAUGUGUGGCAUCAUAGACCACAUCAAUCUUCAAUCAAAACGCGAAAAUAGUGGCUUGGGUCCCAUUCUGUCGUACUUCUUCUGCGACGCCAGCUAUCCGACUUUUAGCAACGCCACUUCAGUCUUGCGCAGCAUUAUCGGUUCCAUCAUUUUUCAGGAUAGUAUGGCAUUGUCUUAUAUCCGAAGGCGCUUCAAAGAGUUCAGUAAGCCUCUGUUGGACCCCAGGAUUGCCUGGCCAGUGCUGAAGAAGAUUCUGGUUGGUAUAUUGGGUGCAAACAAGGCUAAGAAGACCUACUUAAUCAUCGAUGCACUAGAUGAAUGCAGAGACGACCGGGACAAACUUCUGGACUUGAUUGCCAAUCAACCAUAUAUGCCGCACGUCAAAUGGCUUGUUUCGAGUCGCAAGUGGUCAGAUAUCAAGGAGGUUCUAAGAAGAUGUCCCAGGCUACUUGGAUUAAGCUUGGAAGAUAACGAAGUGGCUGUCUCUGCGGCAGUUGACUUAUAUAUUACACACAAAGUGGAAGACCUGUGUACUAUGAAGGAAUACGACAAGAACGAAAGAGUUGCUGUGGAGUCUCAUCUGCGAUCAAAAGCAAACAAUACCUUUCUCUGGGUGUCUCUUGUUUGCAAGAUGCUGAUACGCACCCCCGCGGAUCUAACGAUGAUGAUGCUGGAGAGCUUCCCAAGUGGACUCGAUGCACUAUACAGAAGAAUGUUGGAACAAAUCCGACCUUCGUCUGAGCAUGGAAGCGAUCCCAGCUUUGGCAGGCUGUAUGGGAAGAUUGUCUCGUUUGCGUUGAAUGCCUUCAGACCUCUUUCUCUAGAUGAGCUUUGUUGUCUGAUUGGCGAUGAUAAGAUCACUGUCAGGAGAUUCCAGGGUAUCAUUGACUUGUGCGGAUCAUUCUUAACUGUCCAACAUCGAACCAUUCACUUCAUACAUGAAUCGGCAAAGGAAUACUUACUUGGCGAAAAAAGUGGCUUCAACUUCCAUCCGCAGCAUUAUCAUUUUUUGCUGUUUUCACAAUCCAUUCGCAACCUAUCACAGUCACUCCACCGAGAUAUGCUCGACCAGGAAUCUAAUCAGCCACGACAAGCGCGAGAUGCUCUUGGAUCAUUUUCAUAUCAAUGCAUUCACUGGAUAUCUCAUCUGUCUGAGUGUGAGCCUGCUGCACGGACACAACAACUGAUGGACGGUAGCCCUGUUGACAAAUUCCUACGUCAGAAGUUCUUAUUCUGGGUUGAAACUCUUGGCCAUCUCAGUUCCAUCUCGCUUGGAAUAAGCGAAAUGCUGAAGCUAGAUCGAAUUCUCCAUGACCAUAGUUCCCAUGUCAAAGACCUCGUGCAAGAUGAAUUGCGAUACAUCCGCUACCACAGAUUUGGGAUUGAGCAAUGCCCUCUUCAGGUUUAUCCUUUACUGAACCUCAGUCCAUACCAUUGCAUGACCAGGAAAAUAUAUGGGUCUCAGGCGCCAGACGGGUUUGCUUUGCAACAUGGUGUAAAUGAUGACUGGAGCCCUUGCAUAUUAGCCAUGGAGGGUCAUAAUGGCACCGUGGAUUCCGUUGUAUUCUCUCACGACGGAUCAUUACUAGCUUCAACUUCCUCCGAUAGCAAAGUUAUGAUAUGGGAUGUGUUAACAGGCACCUGUCUGCACACACUCCCGGGGCAUGAGAGUCAUGUUGUCGCAUUGGCUUUCUCCGCCAAGAACUACGAACUCGCAUCAGGAUACCAGGAUCGCACCAUCAAGAUCUGGGAUGCCAAUAACGGCAUUUUGUUGCGAACAUUCAAUAAUCAUAGCGACAGAGUUUUCUCCUUGGCUUACAGCAACAGUGGGCGCAUCCUUGCUUCAGGGUCAUUUGGCACAAUCAAGCUGUUUGACACACUUGGCGGCGUCUGCACAAAGACAAUAAAAAUCACCAAUAGUCGGUACGGUGGUCGCUACGGUUCCAUUGAUUCCGUCGAUUCCAUCGCCUUUACUCAUGAUGACCAGAUCCUAUCAUGCGGAAUCAGUGAUACUGUGAUUAUCUGGGACUUGAGGAUCCAGGACGACCCUUAUCAAAUUCAACGGAAAAAAGACCUCUUUGACUCUAGAUCGCUUGUCUCAUCGAAAGCGAACGAGAUUUACUUCCUCUCUGCAUCAGGUGACCCGGAGACGUCACCUCACAUCCAUCAGAUCAGAGACUAUCAGGUAGAGAUCUGGAAUCCAGAUACUAAAGUCCAUAUCCGAUCAAUCAAAUACCCUGUGUUCGAUCCAUCUACCAGGCUAUCUCAAAUGGAUUCAGCCAUAUUCCCGGGGGAUGGAACCCUAUUUGCCGUGAUUCAGUCGAACAAGGUUGGAUUCCUGAAUCAUUCCGCACUGGAGUGGAAGCAGCAGAUUAGAGGAGGGUCACUGACUGGUUCAAUCUCGCCAACAAGGGAUGUUCUAGCAGCAACAACUCAUUCCACGAUCAAACUCUGGGACUUAUUAAGCAUACCUCAUUGGGACCAUUCAUCACAGAACAUUCAUCGGUCGCCAAACUUCUCCAAUGAUGGAUCUUUAAUUGCGGUGGGAUUGGAAGAAGAAGAUUGGAAGAGAAAGAUGAUCAUCUGGAGAUCUUGUACUGGGGAUUGCAUAUCCAGAUUCACACCCCACGAGGGUGAUUUCAUACUAAACUUCUCACCCGACGGCCAGAUGAUCGUACUACGCUUCCCUCAUGAGAUCCAUAUAAGACAAACUUCUGAAGCCGAUACCAUGAACAGCUUCCCAUCUCCGUUUCCUAAUGAUGAAAUUACUCUCACAUUCUCUCAUGACAGCCGCUGGCUUGCAAUCAUGCCAGUGCGAGGAAGCUCCAUCAGGAUCUGGGAUAUAGCUGCAAAACCAAUCAAGACCUCAUAUGCAAAACUCAGGUAUGGUUCUGCUGAGCGACGCAAGGGGCUUUCAUUCUCUCAUGACUGUAAGACUUUUGCAGUAUACGACGGGAAAUACAUCAAACUGUAUGAGACCAAGACAUGGUUAUGCAAAUUGACAAUCCGCAACGCUGCUAGAGUCGCCCCCGGAUUUCACAAAGUUAUAUUUUCUUUCGACGACAAAUGGCUUGCAACUAUAUCAGAAUAUAUCUUCCAGGACAAGACUGAACUGAGCAUUUGGAAUAUGAAAACAAUGAAAAUUGUCACGAGAGUUUCAUAUCCAAGGUACUGGUUCACGGUUCUUGGUCUUUAUGCAUCAAGGUCGUUCCGACUAGAAACUGAUUUGGGCACGUUCGAAAUUGUCAAUAACUCAAUCCAGCAAGUUGCCUCACUGAAGUAUGCGAUAUCUGACGAUUUGCAAUGGAUACUGCAAGGCACUAAGCGUCUGUUAUGGCUCCCUCCAGACUUUCGGCCUUUAGUCUAG